AUGGCGCUGAAUUCCAAGGAGAAGGUUUGCAUUGUCGAUGGGCAGAAUAAUGUAAUUGGCAUGGCCGAUCGUGCCGUCAUGCGGGCAUAUAAUCUACCACACCGAGCAUCAUACGUUGUUAUCAAGAAUACAGCUGGCAAAUACUAUGUGCAGCGUCGCACCAUGAUCAAGGACUACUGUCCAGGGAUGCUGGAUCCGAUGGCCGGUGGAGUUGUACAAUAUGGAGAGUCAAUGGAAGUCAAUGCCAAGCGUGAAGCUGAAGAGGAAAUGGGCGUGAAAAACACACCGCUGCGGCACUUGACGAAUUUUUACUACGAAAAUGAUCACAGUCGUGUUUGGGGUGGACUUUUUGAUUGUAUAUUCGACGGUCCACUUGUGCUCCAAAAGGAAGAAGUUGAUGAGGUCUUCACAUUGACUGCGGACGAAAUUCUUGCCCGUCGCAAAGAGUUUACACCUGAUGGCAUAUUUGCCUUUGAGAAAUAUCUUCAGCUCAGCGAGGCAAACAAUCAAUAA